UUUUACAUUCUCUUUUCUCGGUCUGCCAAAUUUUCUUUCGCAGCCGAGGCCUGACCCCUGUUGUUUCCUUGUUCAUGGAGCAAACACAAAAUACUAGAAUUUCUUCUGCCAGAGCUGAAGUAGUGGCUGAGUGGCAGUAGAGGGCUGACAGGUGUGGCAGCUCCUGAAGUGGCAUUUCAGAUGUGUGGAAUAUGCUACAUCAACUGGCAGCAGGUUUCCAGUGGGUGAAGGGCACUUCAGAGAUUUUCAUUAAUGAGAAAAUUGUUAUUGAUGUGGAAGGUGAAGCUUUACCUGCCUGGACACAGGUUCAUUCGCACUCCAGUACUUUUAGAUUGUCCUGUUGAUUAAAGAAGACGCUUCUGGUGCAAGAUGCAGAAUUGAGGAACUGAGUUGGGAAGCUGCAGAGCAUUAAGGUGAUGUGUUUAAUGUGUGGUGGCAUCCUAUGUGCACAACAGUUGCAACAGGUCUGAAACUCCUCAGUGGCCCAAGGCGUUCUGACUUCCAAGGUGGAAGGGGUAGAUUCUCAGAUACUCCUGUGCCUACACAAUAACCAAAAAUGAAGGAGGACCAUUGUUUACACGCUGCUCUCCUCUGCCUGGGAGUGCUGUGCUACAGCCACGGCCUGACCACGGAGAGGCUCAACCACUCCCGGCCCUCGCUGCAUGGGCACCACGAGAAGGGCAAGGAGGGACAAGUCCUGCACCGUUCCAAAAGAGGCUGGGUGUGGAACCAGUUCUUUGUUAUAGAAGAGUACACGGGACCAGAUCCUGUGCUGGUAGGAAGGCUUCAUUCAGAUAUUGAUUCUGGAGAUGGAAACAUUAAAUACAUUCUCUCAGGUGAAGGAGCAGGAAUCAUUUUUGUUAUUGAUGACAAAUCAGGGAACAUCCAUGCAACCAAGACACUGGAUCGGGAGGAGAGAGCUCAGUACACCCUGACUGCUCAGGCUGUGGACAGGAACACGAACAGACCUUUGGAACCCCCUUCUGAAUUCAUUGUCAAAGUUCAAGACAUAAAUGACAACCCACCCGAGUUUCUCCAUGAAAACUACCAUGCCAAUGUGCCCGAGAGAUCAAAUGUAGGUACAUCAGUUAUUCAGGUAACAGCUUCAGAUGCUGAUGACCCUACCUAUGGGAACAGUGCCAAAUUGGUUUACAGUAUCCUUGAAGGUCAACCCUACUUCUCAGUGGAGGCUCAAACAGGAAUCAUCCGAACUGCCCUUCCCAACAUGGACAGAGAAGCCAAGGAAGAGUACCACGUGGUGAUACAGGCCAAGGACAUGGGAGGACACAUGGGAGGCCUCUCAGGGACAACCAAAGUGACAAUUACACUUACAGAUGUCAAUGACAACCCACCAAAGUUCCCACAGAGUGUGUACCAGAUGUCAGUGUCAGAAGCAGCUGUCCCAGGAGAGGAAGUGGGGAGAGUGAAGGCCAAAGAUCCUGACAUUGGGGAGAAUGGCUUGGUGGCCUACAGCAUCAUCGAUGGAGAUGGCAUGGACAUGUUUGAAAUCACCACAGAUUAUGAGACUCAGGAAGGGGUUGUGAAGCUUAAGAAGACCUUAGAUUAUGAAACCAAAAAGUCCUACAGCCUGAAGGUGGAGGCAGCCAAUGUCCACAUCGACCCCAAGUUCAUCAGCAAUGGGCCCUUCAAGGACACAGUGACAGUGAAAAUAGCAGUGGAAGAUGCUGAUGAGCCACCAGUGUUUUUGAAGCCAAGUUACAUUUUUGAAGUACAGGAAAAUGCAGCGUCUGGUACUGUGGUUGGAAAAGUACAUGCCAAAGACCCGGAUGCUGCCAACAGUGCUAUAAGAUACUCAAUUGAUCGACACACCGAUCUUGAAAGAUAUUUUGUUAUUAAUGCAGAAGAUGGCAAUAUCAAGACAAUAAAGGCUUUGGAUAGGGAAGAAAUGGCACGAAUCCUGUAAUCCUCCAAUUGUCUCAGUUUGAUAAACUGCAAGAAAUCUCAGCAGAAAUACCUCAGCAUAUUUGAUCUUUCCUUGGAUGCAGCUGGGAAUUUGUUUGUUUAAGGGGUUUUCCUGCUUCUGUCUCAUCUCAGUGUUGCCUCUCCUGCAGACAAACAGCACCAGGAAGCCAAAGUUCCCGUUGCAAUCAAGGUCGUUGAUGUCAAUGACAAUGCUCCCAAGUUUGCGGCGGCCUAUGAAGCCUUUGUGUGUGAGAAUGCCCGAAGCAAUCAGCAAUUUAUUACAAUUAGUGCUGAUGACAAGGAUGACUCGGCCAAUGGACCAAGAUUUAUCUUCAGUUUACCACCUGAAAUUAUUCAUAAUCCAAAUUUUACUCUCAGAGACAACAGAGAUAACACAGCGAGCGUGCUGGUCAGACGGGAAGGGUUCAGUCGCCAGAAGCAGGAUUUGUACCUCCUUCCUAUCGUGAUCAGUGACGGCGGUGUGCCCCCGCUGAGCAGCACCAACACGCUGACGAUCCGCGUGUGCGGCUGUGACAGCAGCGGCUCCCUGCUGUCCUGCAACGCCGAGGCCUACGUCCUCAACGCGGGGCUCAGCACCGGCGCCCUCAUUGCCAUCCUGGCCUGCAUUGUCAUUCUGCUGGUCAUUGUGGUACUGUUUGUAACCCUGAAGAGGCAGAAGAAGGAACCCCUGAUCGUGUUUGAGGAGGAAGACGUGCGGGAAAACAUCAUCACGUACGAUGACGAGGGCGGAGGCGAGGAGGACACAGAGGCAUUUGACAUCGCCACGCUGCAGAACCCUGACGGCAUCAACGGCUUCAUCCCCCGCAAGGACAUCAAGCCCGAGUACCAGUACCUGCCCAGGCCGGGGCUGCGGCCCGCGCCCAACAGCGUGGACGUGGAUGAUUUCAUCAACACCAGGAUACAGGAGGCUGACAACGACCCCACUGCCCCUCCCUAUGACUCCAUCCAGAUCUAUGGCUACGAGGGCAGGGGCUCCGUGGCUGGGUCCCUCAGCUCCUUGGAGUCAGCAACGACAGAUUCUGACUUGGACUACGACUAUCUACAAAACUGGGGACCUCGAUUUAAGAAACUUGCAGACUUGUAUGGCUCCAAAGACACUUUCGAUGAUGAUUCUUAACAAUAAAGUUUAAGAUUUGGCCUUAAGAACUGUGUCCGAAGUUCUGAAGAAUCCAGAGGAAAUGUAAGCAGGUAUUUUUUUAAAAAUCAAGAAAAAUCUCAUUUAAACAUUUAAGUUUGACAGAGAGGAUUCCUUUGAUAUAAAAGGACAUGAAAGUGGUAAAUACUGUGAAGUACCUUUUCCUACAAAAGGCAAAUCUGGAAGUUGGCUGCCAGCUUCACUAAAGGAAAAAAACCCACAUAAGAAAUGCGAAAUAUUUAAAUGAAGGAAAAUGCUAAAAGUGAACCUACAAAUGAGGGAAAUCUUUUAUGUGCUAUGAACAUCUAAAUCUUUUAUGUCAAAGAAGCUUCCACAAAUUAGAAAAGAUAACAGUUCUGAGCUGUAAUUUCGCCUUAAACUAUGGACACUCUAUAUGGUAGUGCAUUUUUAAACUUGAAAUAUAUAAUAAUCAGCCAGCUUAAACCCAUAUGAUGUAUGUACAAUACAAUGUACAAUUAUUAUGUCUCUUGAGCAUCAGACUUGUUACUGCUGAUUCUUGUAAAUCUUUUUGCUUAUUCUUUCAUCUUGAACUAAUACGUGCCAGAUAUAAAAACUCUGUCUUGUUGCGGUGGGAGGCGCCCUAUUUCUAUGUCAUUUUUAAUGUAUCUAUUUGUACAAUUUUAAAAUUCUUAUUUUAGUAUACAUACAAAUAUCAGUAUUCUGACAUGUAAGAAAUGUUACAGCAUCACACUUAUAUUUUAUGAACAUUGUACUGUUGCUUUAAUAUGUGCUUCAAUAUAAGAAGCAGACUUUGAAAUAAACUGAUUCUUUUUUAAUUCUUGUUCUGGUUAUUAAACAUAUAAAGAAAAACAUAGUGUUUCUAAUGUCCCAUUUAUAGUUCUGACUAAUUUACUACAAUUGUGACCUUUUAAUAGCCUUAUUUAUUAUGUGUUUGUAGUUGGUUUGUUGGCUUGUUAAGUGAUUAUUUAAAAAUCAAGUACAUUUUACAAAUGUUUUUUAGAUUAAAACAAAUGUAACGUCUAGUGAACAUUUUGUACCCUCUCUAUCUACAGCGUGUGGCUGCUCCCAGAACACAGUAAGAAUCAUCAUAUAGUCUUACUGUGUUUCCUGGAUUAAAUUAAGUGUAAUACUUUUCAGUAUUUCCCAUGUAAUAUGCAUUUAUCUUAUAUCUUAGAGAUUCCCAAGGUUUCAGGGGUGACUUUGUGAGUGAAUGGGAGUACUCUGUACUUACACUUUACUCCAGCCUUGUGAGUUUCCAUAUCUGUGCUGAGCUUCUGCGGGUUCUAGAGACUAAAAUCUGACCCAGUUUAGCUGUGACUUCCCUAAGGACUGUUCUACCUGACAAUUACCUUACCUUAGUAGUAAUUAAGAUUCCGGCACUUAAUUUUUUUUAUUUAUUUAUUUUUUUUAAUUUCCAGUAGAAAAGCAUCAUCUGCGGAUAGGGAGACAUUUUAAUUGGUGACAACAGAAAUACAGAGUGCUUUCAGAGUUAUUCUUUGUGAUGCAUGUUUUUUAUCCAAAAAGGGAUCUAUAACUUUUUUUCUUUUUAAAUAUUACUUCAGAAGGAGCAAGGGAUUGGGAUACGUUCUGCACAUCAACAUUUUCUGCAUCUGCGUACAGCUGUACUUCUGCUGAAUUUAAGACAGUUGGCUGUUUAGGGUCAGAGAUCAGCAGCUACAAUAUGGGAAGAGGCAAUAAACAGAAAUUAUCUACAUUUUCCUACAUUUGUUUUACAAACCCUGUCCUUCAUUUGCAGUCAGGUACCAAACUGCUUGAUCUGAGAGGAAGUCUCAUUUGUUGGUGUGUUGCUUUUCUGAAGACCCCCCAUAUAUGUACUUAGAUUAAAAUUUAACUCCUUAAAAUGA